CUUAAAUAAACAAAUCAGUUUGAAUCGGGACUCAACACAACAAACACUUUGCUCUCACUGAAUCAUUGUUAGGGUUUCCAAUGGCGGCAAUUGCAGCUCCUCACCGAUCCUCCAAGACGGAAUCCUAUGUCGACAACAAGCGCAAGGAAGACAUCCGUCAUGCCAACAUCGUCGCCGCGCGCUCCGUCGCCAACGCCGUCCGCACCAGUCUCGGUCCCAAAGGCAUGGACAAGAUGAUUUCCACCUCCUCCGACGAGGUUAUCAUCACCAACGACGGUGCCACCAUCCUCAACAAGAUGCAGGUCCUCCAACCCGCCGCCAAGAUGCUCGUCGAGCUUUCCAAGUCUCAGGACUCCGCAGCCGGCGACGGAACCACCACCGUCGUCGUUAUCGCUGGCGCACUCCUCGAGCAGUGCCUCCUCCUCCUCUCCCGCGGCAUCCACCCCACCGUCAUCUCCGAUUCACUCUACAAGGCCUCUAUUAAGGCCGUCGACGUCCUCACUGCCAUGGCCGUCCCCGUCGAGCUCACCGAUCGCGAUUCACUCGUCAAAUCCGCCAGCACCUCCCUCAACAGCAAGGUCGUCAGCCAGUACUCCACCCUUCUCGCUCCCCUCGCUGUCGACGCCGUCCUCACAGUCAUCGAUCCCGCCCAGCCUGAAAUGGUCGAUCUCCGCGAUGUUAAGAUCGUGAAGAAGCUUGGGGGCACCGUGGACGAUACCGAGCUCGUCAGGGGCCUUGUCUUUGACAAGAAGGUGAGCCAUGCCGCUGGUGGACCUACUCGCAUGGAGAAUGCUAAAAUUGCCGUGAUCCAGUUCCAGAUUUCACCGCCGAAAACCGACAUUGAGCAGAGCAUUGUGGUGAGUGAUUACUCUCAGAUGGAUAGGAUUUUGAAGGAAGAGAGGAGUUACAUUCUGGGCAUGAUUAAGAAGAUUAAGGCAACUGGUUGCAAUGUUUUGUUGAUUCAGAAGAGCAUUUUAAGAGAUGCUGUCACUGAUUUGUCUCUGCAUUACCUUGCUAAAGCUAAGAUAUUGGUGAUCAAGGAUGUGGAAAGGGAUGAGAUUGAGUUCAUUACCAAGACACUCAACUGUUUGCCCAUUGCCAACAUUGAGCAUUUCCGCGCCGAGAAGUUGGGUUAUGCUGAUCUUGUGGAGGAGGUUUCUCUUGGUGAUGGCAAGAUUGUGAAGAUUUCUGGGAUUAAGGACAUGGGGAGGACCACAACUGUGCUUGUCCGCGGAUCCAACCAGCUUGUGCUAGAUGAAGCGGAGCGGAGUCUUCAUGAUGCUUUGUGUGUUGUUAGGUGCUUGGUUGCCAAGAGGUUUCUCAUAGCCGGCGGUGGCGCACCUGAGAUAGAGCUGUCCAGGCAACUGGGUGCCUGGGCAAAGGUGCUUCAUGGGAUGGAGGGUUACUGUGUUCGAGCAUUUGCUGAGGCACUUGAAGUCAUUCCUUAUACUCUGGCUGAGAAUGCUGGUUUGAACCCCAUUGCAAUUGUUACUGAGCUGAGGAAUCGUCAUGCCCAGGGUGAGAUCAAUACUGGAAUCAAUGUGAGGAAGGGUCAGAUCACAAACAUCUUGGAGGAGAAUGUGGUGCAGCCGCUGCUAGUAAGCACGAGUGCUAUCACCUUGGCCACAGAGUGCGUGCGGAUGAUUUUGAAGAUUGAUGAUAUUGUAACUGUGAGGUAGAGGUUACGAUUUAGACCAAGAGACAAAAAUUUGCAGAGGAAAAAAACAGAAUCAUCAUGUUGUCUUUUCUUGCUUUAAUUUUGAAGUUGUUAGUUUAUGUUCCUUUUAGUGACACUGAUUAAGUGAUUUUUGACUUGCUCUGGCUAGUAUUGUUAUUUGCAAAUUUGGAUGUCCUUAUUAUGUGUAUUUGGGAGUUCAUCAAUAGUUGAUCAUUUUUCUUAGUGCCA